AUGUCUGAAAAUAGAUUUUUACAUAUUUGUUAUACAUCAUAUCAUUGUUAUGGAUGUAGAGAUAAUUUUCAAUAUAAACAAAGAAAAAAGGAAUUUACACAGGAAGAAAGAGAAGAUCUAAAUAAAAAAGAUAAAAUCCUUAUUUGUUGUUUAUGUGAUAAGAAACAUUUUAGAUGUAAAUCAAAAAAAUAUGAUAAAUGUUGUAAGAGAAAUGCAUGUGAUUCGUAUUUGUGUAAACAUUGUUUAGAAAAUGGUAUUGAUUGUAAAUAUACGAUUGUACAGAGUUUAGAAGAAUUAAAGAGUUUUAUUAAAUAUAAUUUGAUUGCAUAUGCAGGACAACUUGAAUAUACUAAAGAAGGUAAAGAUUAUACUAUAUGGAUUCCAGAAAAAAAAGUUAGAAGUGAUUCUGAUGAGAAUAUAUUAUAUGCAACUAAAGAAUAUAAUCCAUGUGUUAGACAUAAGAAGAGAGAAUGUAAAUGUCAUCAUGGUGAUAAUAUAUGUGAAAUUUGUAAUGAUGAAUGUUCAGAAAAGACAAAAAGUAGAAUUGAAGGAUUAAGUAGUGAGGUUAGACCAUUUAAAUUUGGAAAUUUUCGUUAUAUAGGAGAUAAAGAAUGUAAUAACCAGGAUAAUGAUGAAAUAGAAAAUAAUGAUAUGGAAGAUGAUAAUGAUAAUCGUGAUGGAAAAGAUAAUAUUGAUCAUAAAACAGAAUUGCAAAGAAAAAAAAAUGAAGAAUUUGAUGCGAUCAUAAAAAGAAAUAAAAUGUUGUUAGACAGUCACACACCGUUAGAAGUUUUUAAACGUAACAGAGGCAAAGUUACAUAUUCGAGUAAUUAUUCUAAUAUAGGAAAAAUUUAUCGUAAUGUACGAGAAGAAAAAAUGAAUUUAAGGAGUGAUAGGUUUUGGCAUCCUUUUACAGUUUAUAUUUAUGGACCUGGAGGAAGUGGAAAGACAGGAUUCAUUAAAGCUUUGUUUAGAGAUGAAUUAUAUGAUAAACCAAAGAAGAAAAGAAAUAGUUCUAAUUGGUGGAAUAAAUAUAAAGGACAGAAAAUUGUUUUAUUGGAUGAGUUUUAUACGAAAAUUGAUUGGGACAAUAUAGUGAAUAUAUUAAAUGAUAAUAUUUGUGAUGUAGAAUUAAAACAUGGUGGAUUUGUACCGUUUAUUGCAAAAUAUGUGUUUUUAACAAAUACAAAACCACCAGAAGAAGCAUAUAAUUUUGGUCAAAAUGGUCAUGAAGAAGAUUCAAAUAAAUGUAGUUUUGAGCAAUUUGAUAGAAGAUUAGAUAUUAUUAUUGAAUUUAGAGGUGAUGAACAGAAAUUUCGUAAUAUGGAAUGGGAUGUAGAAUAUAAUAAUAGUAAAUAUACUGUGGAUAAGAUUCUUGAAAAGGCAGAAGUAUUUACGGAAGGUUUAGAUGAUUAUCCUAAUUGUAAGAAAAUGGUAGAAUAUAGACAGAUAAAAAGAAAGAAAUCUAAUGAUGAAUUAAUAAAUAAUAAAAUGAGUUUAAAGAGAAAAAGAGAAUUGGAGGAUUAUAGAAAAAAUGAUUAUAUUCUUAAUAAUAAUAUAUCAGUAGAAGAAAUUAUAAUGAAUCCUAGAUUAAUGCCUAGUGGUAGGUUUUGGCAUCCUUUAACAUUUUAUUUUUAUGGAUUUGGAGCAGAAAUUGUGAGAGAGUUAUUUGGAGAUGAGUUAUAUGAUAAACCAGAUAUAAAAAAAAAUAGAAUUGGAUGGGAUAGUAUUGUAAAUAUAUUGAAUGAUACUGAACAUAGUGUGGAAAUAAGAUAUGGUAGAUUCAAAUAUUUUCUUGCAAAAUAUAUAUUUAUGACUGAUAUGAAAUUACCUCAAGAAACAUAUAAUUUUAAUGGUAAAGGCUGGGAAAAUUGGAGCCAGUUUGAAAGACGUCUAGAUUAUAUUAUUGAAUUUAAAGAUAAUAAAUUUAUAUUUCAUAAAGGUAAUAGAGAUAAAUUUUUAAAUAUGGAAUAG